GCUUCACUUACAUAGAUGAAACGAAGCACCACUACCAUAGCUCUAUACAAUGAGAUUCUUCAAGCUUUGUCUACCUGUUCACCCCACAAGUCUCACAUCAAACAGGUUGGUUCUCUUUACUCUCUGUUCUCACUCUUCUCAACCACCACCACCGCAGUUUCGUCACCAUCAUCUUUAACAGCACAAAUUAACAACACCCAAGUAGAUUUAUCUUCUAAUUGUUUCAUUGGUAUAGCCCAAUCUGUCAUUUUGAGAUGUCCCCAAUAUUUUGACAAGAGUAAAGGCAAAGACUUUGCCAAUGCUUCUCUAAAAGAUCUUCUUUUGGAGAUUUCUGAUUUAGUGCCUGAACAGACUCGUAGGCUUAGGCGGGUUUCGGAGCCGAAACCCGAAGAUAUGCUUGAAUUAUUACUGGGUUUCCAAUUGCAGUGUGGGGAAGUUGGGUUUGAUGCUAGAAAGGUUGAGUCUUUGUGGGGAGUUUUCAAGUGGGUUAGUGAAAAUGUUAAGGGUUUUAAGCAUAAACCUCAGUCAUGUGAGGUCAUGGCUUCAAUGCUUGUUAGGGUGGGAUUGCUUAGAGAAGUUGAGUUCUUGCUUUCCACAGUGGAAAGUGAAGGAGGUUUGUUAUGUUGUCAAGAAAUAUACAGUGAUUUGAUUGAAGGGUAUAUUGUUGUUGGUGAGUUAGAUAGGGCUAUGGCGGUGUAUGAUCGAAUUACGGGGCGUGUAGUGCCAUCAUUGCAGUGUUGUGGUGUUCUACUUGAUCAAUUGGUGGGAAUGAGGAAGACCCAGUUGGCAUUUCGAGUUUGUAGUGACAUGGUAGAAAUGGGUUUUGAUUUGAGAGAUGUGAAGAAGGUCACAUUUGAGGGUGUCAUUAGAUUGCUCUGCAGGGAUGGAAAGAUUCAGGAGGCAAGAGAUUUUGUCAAGAAGGCUUUGGCUUUCAGACUCAAGCCUAACAAUUUGGUCUUAAAUGAAGUUGCUUAUGGAUAUUGUGAGAAGAAGGACUUUGAUGAUUUGAUGAGCUUCUAUGCUGAGAUUAAGUGUGCCCCAGAAGUUGUGGCUGGGAAUAGGAUUAUGAAUUCUCUUUGUAGCAAUUUUGGGACAAGAAGGGCUGAACCAUAUUUGCGAGAAUUAGAACUUUUAGGCUUUAAUCCUGAUGAAGUAACCUUUGGUAUCAUGAUUGGCUGGAGCUGUCGUGAAAGAAAACUGAAAGGUGCCUUGGUUUACCUAUCAGAAAUGUUGGGAAGACACCUGAAUCCCCAUAUAUGCACAUAUAAUGCUCUUAUCAGCGGGGUCUUUAUGGAGGGUUUGUGGAAGCAUGCUGGGAAAAUCCUUGAUGAGAUGGCAGACAAGGGCACUGCACCUGAUUUGAUGACUUUCAGGAUUCUGUUAGCAGGUUAUUGUAAGGUUAGACAGUUUGAUGAAGCCAAAAUGAUAGUUCUUGAUAUGGCAAGCCAUGGACUGAUUCAGAACUCUUCAGAUGAGGAUCCACUAUCCAAAGCAUUUAUGGUUCUGGGUUUCAAGCCAUUAGCUGUGACGUUAAAGAGAGAUAAUGAUGUGGGAUUCGCUAAAACGGAGUUUUAUGAUGAUCUUGGGAAUGGACUUUAUUUGGAUACAGACCUGGAUGAGUAUGAUAAAAGAAUCACUGUGAUCCUAGAAGAUUGCAUGGUACCGGAUUAUCAAUCUAUUAUGAAGAAAGAAUGCACUCAUGGAAAUUUGAAGGGGGCAUUGGUUUUGGCAGAUGAAAUGAUCCGGUGGGGACAAGAUUUGUCAUUGUCUAUGAUCUUCGACUUACUGAAAGGUCUUUCUGUAUCCUGUUUGCAUACCAAGGAAAUCACCCGCAUUGUAGAUAAAAAGCUUCACUUGGUAAAUCAGCUAGACCAAGAAACUCUGAAUUUUCUUGCUCAAGCAUAUGGAAAGAAAGGAUUGACAUAUAAUACAAGGAUAGUAGUGAAUGGAAUGAUAGAAAGACAUAUAAAACUCAACAGCGAGACUCACACUGCUUUAAUAAAAGGUUUUUGUAAGAAAGGAAACUUGAGGGAGCUUAAUGCUUGGUGGAACUUUGCUCAAAAUGACGGAUGGUUACCUGGACCAGAAGAUUGUAAAGACUUGAUAGAUUGUCUUCUCCGUAAAGAAAUGCUAAGAGAAGCAAUGCAGCUUCUUGAAAGCAUUCUGAUAUCCUACCCAGACUUAAGGUCAGAUAUGUGUCAUCUGAUCCUAGACAAGCUUUCAGUUACAGGUUGUACAGAAAUGGCAAGCAUGUUGUUAGACGAACUUGAACAGCGUGGCAGCAUCCUGGAUCAGAUGGCUUAUAACAAUCUUAUAAGAGGAUUGUGCACGGAGAAGAAUUUUCGUGUAGCCUUUACAGUGCUGGACAGUAUGCUGGCUAAAAAUUUGGUGCCAUGUUUGGAUGUUACUGUCCAAUUGAUUCCACAGUUGUGCAGGGCGGAUAGAUUUGGAAAGGCAGCAUACCUGAGAGAGAUUGGUCUAAGAGAAGAAUCAUCGUCUUCACUUUCUCUAGAUCGAGCAUUAAUAGAAGGCUGUUGUAUUUCAGGGAAAGUUACAGAAGCAACCACGCAAGUACAGAAUCUGCUGUUAAAGGGGAUACAUCCUGAUGCUGAAAUUUAUAAUUUUCUAGUUCAGGGUCAUUGCAAGGUCAAUGACUUAAAGAAAGUUUGGGAGCUGCUUUCUGUAAUGACAAGAAAGAGCUCCAACAUUUCGCUCUCAAGUUACCGCAAGUUGGUGCAUUUGAUGUGUCUGGAAGGUAGGGUUCUUCAUGCAUGGAAACUGAAGGAUCUUAUGAUUGGACAAUGUGAUCUUCACGAUCUCAGCAUCUACAAUAUUCUGAUAUUCCAUAUUUUCCCAACAGGAAAUACUUUGCUUGUCAAGAAGCUUGUAGAGAAUUUGCAAGAUUCGAAAUUGCUACUUAAUGAAGUAACCUACAACUUCCUUGUAAAUGGAUUUUGUCGAUGUAAAGAAUUGCCGAGUGCUGUGAACCAUCUGUACACUAUGAUCUCUAAGGAUUUCAGACCAAGCAACCGCAACUUGAGAAACGUUAUAACCGGCCUGUGUGAUAUUGGGGAGAUUGAGAAAGCCUUGGAAUUGAAUCGACAAAUGGAAUUGAGAAGCUGGAUUCAUGAUUCAAUGAUUCAAAAUGUGAUUUCUGAGGGCCUUCUUUCUUGUGGUAGGCUUCAAGAAGCUGUAAAAUUUCUGGAUAGGAUGGUAGAGAAAUGUCUCAUUCCAGAAAAUGUCAACUAUAAUAAUCUAAUCAAACUGUUUUGCUCGUAUGGAAGACCGAUCAAGGCAGUUGGUCUUCUAAAUAUAAUGCUGAAGAAAGGGAAUGUUCCAGAUUCUACCAGUUAUGAUUCCAUCAUCAGCUCUUUCUGUGCCCUUGAUAAUCUGGAGCAAGCCAUGGAUUUUCAUGCUGAGAUGAUGGAUAGAAAGCUUAACCCAAGCAUCGAGACUUGGGAUCUUCUAAUCCAUAACUUUUGCCGAGAUGGAAAAACUGCAGAGGCAGAAAGGCUUUUGAAGUCUAUGGUUUGUUCAGGUGAAACAGUGACCAGGAAGAUAUAUUUGUCUGUAAUUAGUAGUUAUCGCUCAGAGAAUAAUCUUGAAAAGGUCUUGGAGCUCAUGCAAGCAAUGCAACAGGGUGGGUAUGAGCCAGACUUUGAGACGCAUUGGUCUCUCAUAAGGAACCUAAGACUUUGUAGUGACAAGGUUAAUGCAAACAGCAGCAAGGGUUUCUUGUCAAAGCUUCUCUCUGCAAGUGGAUUUUCUAGGCAAAAGUAAUCCAACCAAGGCCAAACAGGGGUAGCUGUGAUUUGAUUCAUUGAUUCAUUCAUACUUUUGUCAGUUUGUGUAGUCCAAACAAGAAUUGAAUGGAGGGUUUUGCUAUCAGUAAGGAUCUCAGUGUCUGUGGCUAUUGAAGUAAAAGAGUGCAUUCUGCUUUGUCAAUAACUGAGGUCCAUUCUUAGAAGCUGGAGAUUGUAGUAAAUCUGUGAUCGAACCAUAUGGAAAGCUCUUCGACCAUGUUGAAAAAUGGACCAAAAUCAACUGUUGUUAUGAUGCGGAGAACAGGGGAACAAAAGUGAGGUCGUGGACGAGGGUUUCGUGCAUGGCAUAGAGGACGUGGAUUUCAAGUGUCUACAGUGGAAACAAGAGCCAGUGUAUUGGCUGAAGGGACUAUUGAGUGAUCAUAUGAUAUAUGUCUAGGUACAUAACUACGUAAGGACAGCCUUCCCAGGUCUAGGUAGUAUGUGUAUAUAUGUCAGAUUGUCAGAUGAUAUACCUAUAUACAAACCACGUACAUUUGUUGUACAAUAAACUAGGCUGUGUUGUUUGUAACAUAUGCAAUGCAAACAUCUACAGAGAUGUGUUGGACGUGCUGUGCAGUUCA